AUGACAAAUGACUCGAUUGAUAAAUUCUCCACCAAAAGUGAAGCAAAAGAUACAGUCCUUAAAUUCUCUUUGGAUUCUGUUCAAGGCUACUCUGGAAACUUCGCACCUGAAUUCGUCAAAAAGGAACUUAGUGGUCGUGACGAUGUCGAAACUGUCGAAGAAGAUUCUGUUGUAACCGCAAGUUAUGUUAUUCCUUCAAACAACCUUUUCAAAAGAACAGCAGUAAAAACCAACCUCCCAAAUUUGGAUCGUAUUGAUCAAGCUAAAUUCCCAGGAGAUGGAUCCUUCACUUUCCCCGAUACUGCUGGUCAAGGUGUAAACGCUUUCAUUGUAGAUACUGGUAUUGACAUCAAACAUGUUGAAUUCGAAAAACGUGCUAAGAUAGGUGGUAAAUUCUGUGACGGUAGAGGUUGUGAUACCGAUAAUGAUGAUAAUGGCCACGGCAGUCAUGUUUCUGGUAUAGUCGGUGGAAAAACCGUUGGUGUCGCUAAAAAAGUCUCUCUUAUUGCCGUCAAAGUACUUGAUGCCGAUGGUAGCGGUUCAAACACUGGUGUCAUCGCCGGUUUAAAUUUUGUUCUUGAUCAACACAAAAAAAAUAAAAACAAAAAUUCAGUAGUCAACAUGUCAUUAGGAGGUGGUAAAUCCGAUGUACUUAAUAAGGUUGUUCAAUCAUUAGUUAAAGCUGGUAUUCACGUAGUGGUAGCUGCUGGUAAUGAAUCUCAAGAUGCUUGUAACACAUCACCUGCCUCCACUCCUGAAGCUGUGACCGUUGCAGCUCUUGAAGAUACACAAGAUAAACUUACCGACUUCUCAAAUGUUGGAAAAUUUGAAUCUGCAGAUGACGGCACAACACAAUGCAAAUCAUCAUUUAAAACUACCAAUUAUCCUACUUCUUCAACAAAAAGAUACAUUGUCGUCUUAAAAACCGCAGAAGUUGGCAUCAACGCUGUUAAAAAACAUGACAAAUGGUUAAAGAAUUGCUGGAAUAUAAAAACAGACUCGAUUGAUAAAUUCUCCACCAAAAUUGAAUCUGCAGAUGACGGCACAACACAAUGCAAAUCAUCAUUUAAAACUACCAAUUAUCCUACUUCUUCAACAAAAAGAUACAUUGUCGUCUUAAAAACCGCAGAAGUUGGCAUCAACGCUGUUAAAAAACAUGACAAAUGGUUAAAGAAUUGCUGGAAUAUAAAAACAGACUCGAUUGAUAAAUUCUCCACCAAAAGUGAAGCAAAAGAUACAGUCCUUAAAUUCUCUUUGGAUUCUGUUCAAGGCUACUCUGGAAACUUCGCACCUGAAUUCGUCAAAAAGGAACUUAGUGGUCGUGACGAUGUCGAAACUGUCGAAGAAGAUUCUGUUGUAACCGCAAGUUAUGUUAUUCCUUCAAACAACCUUUUCAAAAGAACAGCAGUAAAAACCAACCUCCCAAAUUUGGAUCGUAUUGAUCAAGCUAAAUUCCCAGGAGAUGGAUCCUUCACUUUCCCCGAUACUGCUGGUCAAGGUGUAAACGCUUUCAUUGUAGAUACUGUUGAAAUGGAUACUGCAAGUUUCUUUGCAUCUUUAGAUCCUCACCUGAGGCAAACAGUUUUACUUGAGCAAGAUGACAUGGUUUUAGCAUCAUUGCCUCCAGCGAUUGCUGCAGAAGCCAAUGCAUUACGUGAAAGAGCAAGUCGUAGAUACACAAAUGCAGUUAGAUCAAGAACACUUACUAGUUCUGUUCCACAAAUACCAACACCUAAAAAACCUGCAGUUCAACGUGAUGCAGUUAAACUUGUUGACACUCAAGGAUUAUCUACAUUAGUCAGAUUAUUAUUCUUGCCACAACCAUUAAAUAAUAAAAAUUUACUACAUAAAUUAUUGCUUAAUCUUUGCGAAAAUAGCAACUCACGUGGCGAAUUGGUAUCAAUGUUACUAUCUGUUCUAUUUGACGGAAGCGGCGAUGUAGCAUCUGUUGAUAAAAGUUUUGCUCAAAUGUCUAUAAAAAACAAAGGAUCAACAUCAACGAAAGGUUUAACUAGGAGACAUUCAGGGGUACCUAAUCCUUCACUUUCUCAGAUAACUCAAGCAGCAGGAGAAAAUGUUCCCAAUUUAAUAGCUCAACGUUGUUUAGAAGCUUUGACUUUUAUUGUUAGUUAUAACGAAGCAUCUGUCACGUAUUUCUUAAUGGAACAUGAAAACAAUAUCGGGCUUAAAAGAACGAAUAGUCGUAAGGGAAAAGAAAAACAAAAAUCUGUCACAAGCAAAUAUCCUGUAGUAAUAUUACUUAGCCUUUUAGAUAGACAAGUAUUCAUAAGAAAUACAUCUUUAAUGGAACAAUUAAUGACUCUACUUUCAUUUGUCUUACGACCAUUAUCAUCAAUUGCAAAAAAUAAUCAACCCAAUACCACCACCACAAAUACAUCCAACACUACCAAUAACAAUAACACAACUAAUGCAACCACUUCAACGGCUGAGAUUGAUUCAAAAUGUAAUAGCAUGCCAAGUGCUUUUGAAGAGAAUGAUGGGUUUAACAAAGAUAGAUUAUUACAAACAUUUGCAUAUCAUUGGCAUAAUCAAUGGGAAAAGAAACCAGGUAGUUUAUUCAGAUUUUUGGAAGAAAGACAUAAAGUCUUGGAUCUUGAAUAA